CCACAAAAGUCACAUGACAAAAGUGUAUAUAAACUCGUUUUCUUCAGCUAGGCGGACAAGAACAGAACAGAAGCGAUAAUUAAAACACACACACUACUAUUACAUUGCGUCGCAUCAUUUAGAAUCAUGCAGAUCUUCGUAAAGACCCUGACAGGAAAGACCAUCACCCUCGAGGUUGAGCCCUCUGACUCUAUUGAGAAUGUCAAGGCCAAGAUCCAAGACAAGGAAGGAAUCCCCCCAGAUCAGCAGAGGUUGAUCUUUGCUGGUAAACAGCUGGAAGAUGGUCGCACACUCUCUGACUACAACAUCCAGAAAGAGUCUACCCUCCACCUGGUCUUGCGUCUUCGUGGUGGUAUGCAGAUCUUCGUGAAGACCCUGACGGGCAAGACAAUCACCCUCGAGGUUGAACCCUCUGACUCCAUUGAGAACGUCAAGGCCAAAAUUCAAGACAAAGAGGGAAUUCCCCCAGAUCAGCAGAGGUUGAUCUUUGCUGGUAAACAGCUGGAAGAUGGUCGCACACUCUCUGACUACAACAUCCAGAAAGAGUCCACCCUCCAUCUUGUCUUGCGUCUGCGUGGUGGUAUGCAGAUCUUCGUGAAGACCCUUACCGGAAAGACCAUCACCCUCGAGGUUGAGCCCUCGGACUCCAUUGAGAAUGUCAAGGCCAAGAUCCAAGACAAGGAGGGCAUCCCCCCAGAUCAGCAGAGGUUGAUCUUUGCCGGUAAACAGCUGGAAGAUGGUCGCACCCUCUCUGACUACAAUAUCCAGAAAGAGUCCACCCUCCAUCUUGUCUUGCGUCUGCGUGGUGGUAUGCAGAUCUUCGUGAAGACCCUUACAGGAAAGACCAUCACCCUUGAGGUUGAGCCCUCUGACUCCAUUGAGAAUGUCAAGGCCAAGAUCCAAGACAAGGAGGGGAUUCCCCCAGAUCAGCAGAGGUUGAUCUUUGCCGGUAAACAGCUGGAAGAUGGUCGCACCCUCUCUGACUACAAUAUCCAGAAAGAGUCCACCCUCCAUCUUGUCUUGCGUCUGCGUGGUGGUAUGCAGAUCUUCGUGAAGACCCUUACGGGAAAGACCAUCACCCUUGAGGUUGAGCCCUCUGACUCCAUUGAGAAUGUCAAGGCCAAGAUCCAAGACAAGGAGGGGAUUCCCCCAGAUCAGCAGAGGUUGAUCUUCGCCGGUAAACAGCUGGAAGAUGGUCGCACACUCUCUGACUACAAUAUCCAGAAAGAGUCUACCCUCCACCUGGUCUUGCGUCUGCGUGGUGGUAUGCAGAUCUUCGUGAAGACCCUGACUGGAAAGACCAUCACCCUCGAGGUUGAGCCCUCUGACUCCAUUGAAAAUGUCAAGGCCAAGAUCCAAGACAAGGAGGGGAUUCCCCCAGAUCAGCAGAGGUUGAUCUUUGCUGGUAAACAGCUAGAAGAUGGUCGCACCCUCUCUGACUACAAUAUCCAGAAAGAGUCUACCCUCCACCUGGUCUUGCGUCUGCGUGGUGGUAUGCAGAUCUUCGUGAAGACCUUAACGGGCAAGACCAUCACCCUCGAGGUUGAACCCUCUGACUCCAUUGAGAAUGUCAAGGCCAAGAUUCAAGACAAGGAGGGCAUCCCCCCAGAUCAGCAGAGGUUGAUCUUCGCUGGUAAACAGCUGGAAGAUGGUCGCACCCUCUCUGACUACAACAUCCAGAAAGAGUCCACCCUCCAUCUUGUGCUGCGUCUUAGAGGAGGUAUGCAGAUCUUCGUGAAGACCCUGACAGGCAAGACCAUCACCCUUGAGGUUGAACCCUCUGACUCCAUUGAGAAUGUCAAGGCCAAGAUUCAAGACAAGGAGGGCAUCCCCCCAGAUCAGCAGAGGUUGAUCUUUGCUGGUAAACAGCUCGAAGAUGGUCGCACCCUCUCUGACUACAACAUCCAGAAAGAGUCAACCCUGCAUCUUGUGCUGCGCCUUAGAGGAGGUAUGCAAAUCUUCGUGAAGACCCUGACUGGAAAGACCAUCACCCUCGAGGUUGAGCCCUCUGACUCCAUUGAGAAUGUCAAGGCCAAGAUCCAAGACAAGGAGGGAAUUCCCCCAGAUCAGCAGAGGUUGAUCUUUGCUGGUAAACAGUUGGAAGAUGGUCGCACACUCUCUGACUACAACAUCCAGAAAGAGUCAACUCUCCACCUGGUCUUGCGUCUUCGUGGCGGCCUAUAAGUUCAUGCAUUGAGUGUCAAAGACUUAAACUGUAUUUAUUGGUAAUUUAUUGACAUGUGCAAUUAGUACUUAGAUCUUCAUCAACCUGUUCUUCAAGUUUUAAAUUUUAACAAUAACUUAAAAAAAACUACUUAAUUCCAUCAUUUAUGUAGAUGAAACCAAGAACUUAAUUUAAGCUUAUUGUCAUCAUGUUGAAAACAGUCAGUGAAUGUUUCAGAGUUGAAAAUGUUUUAAAAGUGGAAAUAAAAAUUUGGAUUUUUUU